AUCACGUGUCCCACUGUAGAAAGUUUGACAAGUUGGUCGACAUACGUGCUCUGUUUUCCCGCUAUCGAAAACCUUGAAUGUCAUUUUCUCGUGUCUUCUUCUUCGAUUAAUAACAACCUCGAAAUCUCACCUGGAAUCGAAGUGUUUUCUGUUAGCGACGCCAUAAAAACACACCGAAAAACAUGGAAAUCGUGCAGAAAGUCAUGUCGGGGUUUAGUCUGGAUUUGGGACCAGUGAAAGAGCCGCUGGGAUUUAUCCGAAUCCUGGAAUGGGUGUUCACCAUCUGUGCCUUUGCCACCACUGGUGGUUAUGUUGGAUUCACUCAGUUCACCAUUGAUUGUGGAAGUAAAAAGGAAGACAUUACUGCUCAUUUUGGAUAUCCUUUUAGGCUCCCGAGUCAGCAUUAUGAGAUUCCUCACUGCAAUCAGACCAGUAACGUGACUUACCUGCAGGGGGAUUUCUCCUCCUCGGCCGAGUUCUUCGUCUCAGUGGGCGUCUUGGGCUUCUUGUACUGUACCUUCACCAUCAUCCUGUACUUGGGCUACCAGCAGGUUUACAGAGAGUCCAACCGUGGCCCGGUCAUUGAUCUGAUUGUGACGGGGAUCUUUGCUUUCUUGUGGCUGGUUUGCUCCUCAGCCUGGGGAAAAGGUUUAACAGAUGUCAAAUAUGCUACGGAUGCUGACAGGCUAAUAAAGGCUUGUGUGCCUGAUACAUGUGUGGUGAAGACCUACGCUUUAAUGGGUCGACUCAACUCCUCUGUGCUCUUUGGAUUCCUGAACCUGAUAUUGUGGGCAGGCAACUGCUGGUUCAUCUACAAGGAGACUCCGUUUCAUAAACCGGCCAAUCCACCUCCCAGCGUAGAGGGGGGAGUUUCCAGCUCCUAAUUAGACAAGACGGGCUCCAUCCUCUCCUCUCCAUUCGUUCAUAAAGCAGAGGAAAGAAACUACACUUUGAUAUGCAAAAGCUUUGUUUCUAGCAUCAUGCAUCACAGUUUGUUACAUUAGAAAUGCUCUAAGCUGAAUUCAUCAUUUCUUUAUAGUUUUUUUUUUAUUUCAUUUUGGUGUUUAUUUAAUGACACUGGUCAGAAGCUAAUUUUGUCACGCAGGUAAAAAAAGAAACCAAAUGAUUUAUUAUAUGUCAGUUACAACUUACAAUAAACUUGUUUUAGGUCAUAGAUGUUUUACAUUUGAAUGAAUUUGUCUAAUUUGAUAUAAAGUUGACCUGCAUUUUGUAACUCUAAAUGUCCACUACAAUCAGACCUUGUGAGAAACAGACUUUGCAUUUGAACGCUCUUAUACAAAACGUCUUUGAGCACUUAAAAUACUAGCACACUAAUAUCUAGCUCCAGACAUUUAAAGCUUGUCUUUCCUUGUAGUUAAAAAAAACAAAACUAUUUAUUGGUGCCUUUUCAUUUACGUUCAUGAUAGAAUGUUUUUCCACAGCCACAUCAGAGUCACCGUACACUUGUCAGGGAAGGAUAAACUAAAAAAAUCAGUCUUGGUUUCAGCCAUAAAGCCUGUGAUAUUUCGUCUGUUACCUUUAUUUUAAAUGUGUGUGUUAAUUCUCUGAGUUGACUCCUUUCAAUGUGGUUUUUGGUAAUAAAUUACUCCGCCAAAGGCCAUAUUUCAUUUUCUAUCAGGAAAAAUGUUAACUAUUCAACAGUAGUCAUCGUUCAACAGAAGGAAACAGUUGUUUGAUUGUUUUUCUACUGUAGUGAUGUUGUCAUUAUUUGUAUUUGGCUGUUAUUUGACGUGACACUGUAAAUGAAGUGUCUGUAUCACAUGGGUCAAUGUUCAUAUUUACAGGAAGAACAUUUAAUUUUGUGCAUCUGUGGCAUGUUUUACCAUCUUAAUUUUUACAGAAUUAAAUGUUUUGUGGGGGGAUUGCAUUGAGUUGAAUUCUGAAAAAAUUGUCUGUGGGCAUUUUAUGUUCUGUUAAAAAUGUAUUAUUCAUUUCAUUCUAAAUUGGCAAUUUAUUAUUAUUAUUUUUUUAUAUCCUCAAGUAGUCUUAAUCAUUAAACUUUCAAAUUAAUAUUCAAUGCCACAUCCAAACUUUUAAAUCAGCAUAGAUAUAAAAGGUAGGUAGAGUUAAACACCUUAAAUUAUUAAUAUAAAUUGUUAAAACAAAAAGUAGUUUUGGUGUAUUUUUGAUUAAAGUGGGAAAAAGUUAAAAGUGCCAUUUAAAAAUCUUUCCUCGGGUCACAUAUUGAUUAAUAUGUUUGUCUUGGAGCAAUCCUCUAUUUUGGUUGUGACUUUUGGAAAAUAUAGGCCACAUAUGUGUGUGUGUGUGUUUUAUAUCUCUGUGCUACGUUCAGAAGGAAAAUCUCCACAAAAGUUGUUUGCAGAUUUAAUUAGUAUUAAAAGAGGAGAGCUGUAUAUAUAUUGGUUCGUGUUUUAUUUCCAAAUGGCUGCUGUUUACUAAAUAACCACUAGAUGGUAAUAUUGUAAACAAAAUAAAUACAUCGACUAAAAAAAUC